AUGCCGACGAAGAAGAAAGCCGGCAGCCGAAAGCGCGACAAUGAGGCGGAUCUCGCAGAGCUCGAAAGGCUCCGGAAGCAAGUCGCCGAACAGAGCAAGGCGUUAGAGGCUGAAGAGGCCCGCAAGGAGCAAGAGAACCAGAGCAAGCGCCAAGUCAGCAGCCGGCGGCAACGGACAUUGGUUCGCUGGGAUGUGGAUACCGACAUUCGGCUUUUGCUGGCCAUACAGUACAUCUGCAAUAAGCUCAGCGUCAAGAUCCCUUGGAAGGAUGUCGCAGAAGUUAUGGGAGAGAAGUUCACGGAAGGGGCAAUCGUUCAACACUUGUCCAAGCUGCGUACCAAGCGGGAGGAGCAGGAUAAGCCAAACCCGCCUCCGCUGAAGCGUGCAGCUAAUGGAAAUCACAAGAGCGACACAAGCAAAAAGAAGGAUGCGUUGCCUUCUCCAAAGGAGGACACUGCACCGAUCACUCGCAGCGGAAAGCGCCGUCGCCUUGACCAAUCCGAUGACUCUGAGGACGAUGUGUACACUCUGAAGAAGAAGCAGUUUUCGAAGAACAAUAAGAAGGACAGGGUCUUCGCUGCUCCCAAGCUGCGUGCAAAGCGCGAGGAAACCGACAGCGGUGAAUCACAGAAGCUGGUGUGUGUUGGAGCGGAAUGGCUACAUGACUUCGCCGGUGGCGAUGACCGUGAAGUUGACAACGAAUCGGCUAGUUCUGAGAACGAGAACUCAACUGAAAGCAGCCAGGCUACUACUCAAGCGGCCAAGAAGUCAAAGAUGGUGACACUCAAGGUAGGCCGAGAGCGCCUGGCAAGUGUUGACCGCUACCUUGACACCUCUGCAACUUUCCGCGAGCCUGUCACCCCAACCAACCAGUCGCGCGUUAUCACCAACAUGCCAUCCCGUCACCCAUCUUACUACCCGUACAUGCAUUCCAACUCAGUGGUCCCUUUUUCAAACGACUCUGGGGUUAGCAUCCCUUUCCCAUCCAGUGGCCCAAGCCCAUUUGACAUUGUCAACCGGUUCCCUAGUGGAAUCUCUGACGCUGGUCCUGGUGCGGCUCCUAUCUCGGUCUCUGGUGGAGACUCUGGUUUUGAUGGAAUGAAUCAUACAGCAGCGUAUUCGCAGUUUGACAUUGCCCCCGAAGUGCAAUUUGUGGACCAGUAUAGCGGCCAAGGCAUCCUGCCGAUGACCAGCUACUCCGACACCAAUGGUUUCGAAAACCACUUCAUUUCCGAUAGUGAAAUGUUUGCGAACCUUCCGGACGUAGAGCCUCCUCGCUACUUUGGUUACGAUGGUGAGGAGACCAAGGAAUUUUAA